AAAUAACAGUUGAAUUUGUAAAGCCUGAGGAGAAGAGAACCAGAUCACGUAUCAGAAUCCCUCGUGAACAGAAUUUUCGUUUGCAGGGGGUAAUAUUUUCACCCACCCGAACUAACCGGUUCAUUACAAACCAUUUUAUUACUACUAUCAUCUCCCUCCACCUACAUUGACAAAGAGAAAGAGAAGAUCAUUUUCUCUGUUGAAUGAUUCUUGAGCUUCACAUCUGUUAAAACUUCUUAAAUCAACAAAUUCAGCAAGAUCUAUUUUCUUUUCCAUAGAGAUCAAGAGACAUAAAUAUACGUAGAGAGAGAGAGAGAGAGAGAGAGAGAGAGAGAGAGAGAGAUGGGGGGUUGUGAGAGGAAUGGAACAGUGAGGCAAUACAUAAGAUCAAAAGUGCCAAGACUCAGAUGGACUCCUGAUCUUCAUCGUUGUUUUGUUCAUGCCAUUCACACACUUGGUGGUCCGAAUAAAGCAACACCUAAGCUUGUUCUUCAGACGAUGGAUGUAAAGGGUCUCACUGUUUCCCAUGUUAAAAGUCAUCUUCAGAUGUAUAGAAGCAUGAAGAACGAUGUUGUAACACGAGAUGAUGAGAUUCACAGAUCCACUGGAUUAAACAGAAAACAGUCUCUUGAGGAUCAACAUGAUGGGUGCAUUGAUCAUGAGAUUUAUUUACAUCCAUCCAUUCAAGAAUCUAAUCCUCACUUCAUUUACCAUCCCUUCGCUGUCCCUUCCAAAAGAGGUAGAAUGGAGACAAGGAUGCAUGGAUACUCUGAAAUAAGAAUAAAGGGAAAGGAAGGCGUUGGUGAUCACAAAUGGCAGCAGCCUCAUUCCUUUUCUAUUCCACAUUUUCACUCGAAUCCCUCCUUUAACCAUCUAAGAGAAUCUGACUUCCUAAAGAAUUCCAAACUAGAAAUUGCUGAACAUGGAAUGCUCAGUGGGAUGAAACUUGAGAAAGCAAGAAAUAUUCAAGAGGUCGACCAGCCUGAUGACUGUGGAUUAUCGUUAUCACUAUCAUUGCAACAUCCCUUAGUCCAGAUGAGCAAUGGUUCCUUGUCAAGUGAAAUCAGCGAGACACAUUCAAGGCAGAAUACAAGUGAUCACUCUUCAAACAAAUGUAGUGUUAAUCUAGAUCUAUCUAUUGCUCUAUGUCAGUGAUGUAUGCAAGCGUUUUUUCUUAAAAAGAUUAUGUCCCUAAGCUUUUAACAUGUUUGUGGGUUACAAGUAAGUAGAGAUGCAAAAAAGGUUCAAAAUGCAAAAAAUUGAUUAGAAUAUGAACGGGCUAGUCAAGUAUAGGCCCUUUUUCCCCAAACCAUGUAUAUUUAGAUUACUUUGAAUGCUCUUA